CCGGAGAGAGAUAAGCGAUAAAAGCUACUCGUGGAAAAUUUCGCAAAUCGAAAGGAUUUCUGACCGUUGCUGCACUUUCGGGUUAAAAAUCAAAGAUAAGAGAUGACUUUGGUUGUCAUCUUGUUACGCGAGAAAACUUAUCAUUCGUUACUCACAUAAAUAUUGGCAUCGAGACAUCAUUUUUACCAAGUGCCAAUUCGUUUGUGCAACCAACGCCAACUUUUUACGUUUGUUUCUACGAAGUAUUAUUUACAAACGUUUCUUAUUUUUAAAUCUUGGCUAAGUAAAUGUGUCCAUAAAUAAAAUUUAGGUCGGUUUGUGUUACAUAUUUCAAGUAAAUAGUAAAGUGAGUAAAAAAGUGCAACAAACUGAACUGCAUACAUACAACACACGUUUCGUAAACUAAACUAAAAACCUUAUCCGCAUUUUAAUUUAAGCCGUGGCACGGACAAAAAUGCAUGUGCACAAGUUUUUCAUCACACAAAAGUAACACCAAACACCAUGCACGACGGAAAUCAGUAGUUUCUUGAAGAGUUGGUCUUCUAAAAUAAGUGCAUUUUAGUAAUUUUAAUACACAGCCUGGCGUGACUACUUUGUCUCAUUCAAGUAUGUAUUUAGACUAAUAAGACUCUUAUCGGGUACAUUCUUUUAUACAGAAUCAACUCAAAUAUUCAAUACUUAUCGUAAACAAAUUAUUCAAAAUUUUAACAGUUCCUCCUCAUUCUCUGAUUCCUAAUUCUUUCCGUUUAUGUAAACGUAAGUACUUGCUUUAAUAAAGCUGUGAGUCUAUGCAAUGCAUGGAACAAAUGCCUGCAUUUCCUGUCUGCUGCAUGCAAAAGUGAACUAUAAAACGAACUAAUAAGCUCUACGAAACAAAAUCUCUGCUAAUUCUUCCCCGAGUCGAGUCAGAAGAGUGAUAAAAGUCGUGAUAUGAUUUUGUUUAAAAUCUCUCAGACAAUAUAAUAACAUGGCAAAUGAAACUUAAAAAUUUAAUGUGGACACACUACUCCCAAAGUAAAGCACGGUGCACCCUCGACUUGAUCACCAACCAUCGUCUCGUCGUCUCAUUCAUUAGUCUCAACUUGCCGUAUACAACUAAUAAUUCCUCCCAUUCACCAACAACAACCACAGCAAGAUUUUAAGUGCUCAUUUUUCUCAACUUUUUGUCGAAAGAAAGAAGGCUGCAUCGUACAUUAUGGGACAAGUUUUAGUUUUAGAUGCAGUCUGUAAUGAACAGUGAAAAGGGAUUGACUUGACUUCCGUCUUCACAAGUGUUGCUUUGCUGCAUAAAAAUAGUAAAUAUAUUUAGUUUCAAAAGUCUGCUGGACAAAAGUCUGCCUUGUAAUUGGACACAAUUUUCUACUUAAAAGGGCACACGUACAUAUAACAUUGUUAUUAUUUUUGGGGCUUCACAUACAUGUACGUGCGUGCGUCAAUCCAUCUAUUUAUCUGCUCAAGUAGCCUUUUUAAAGUGCCGAUGAGUCAGGGUUUUUAACCUCGUGAAGUAAAGCACCUUAAUUUUAGGAACCAUUUUCUCCCAAACUAUUUAAUCUCAUAAGUUCGUAGGACUCAAACAGUUUAGUACAUAAAUUGUAAUAACGUUACUGCUGGUACUGCAAAUUUUGUACCAUUUUUCCUCGCUCCAGCUUCUUCCAGCGAAGCGAAUGACGCCAUCAGCACAAAUUAUUAUUAUGCAAUUCCUACAGUAAUUUUGCCACCGUGCAAAUUAUUUCCUUAUCUUGCACGUCGAUUGCUAAAUUAUUAAAGUGUUGAUUAGUUUUUAGUUAGUUAGAUACGUUUUCCAAGCAGAUACACAGUUUAUUGCUACGAAAGUCAGAAUUGUUUUAUAUAAGCAAGCCCAUUGUCCAUUAUUCUUUGUAAAGCAAAACAAAAAUUAAAAAAUCAAUUAGUAUUUGUAAAUAUUUUUUAGUUCGGUGAAUUGUUAGUAACAGUUCAUUUCCUUUGCAGUAGUUUUAUUUCUACGUUUCAAUAAUCAUUAUUAAACAGUUUCUUUCUUCAGAGUCGAUUAGUGUGUACGUGCGUGUCGAGUUUUUUUUGUUUUCUACGAGAAAUUUAAACUGAGAAAAUAAGUUUAAAAUGGAGGUGAUAAGUUCAUCAAGCAAUGCGCCCGAUACGCCGGGAAGUUAUCGGAUCACUGUGCCGCCCCCACUGCCCUCCGCCCGGCAACAGCAGCUGAACAAGCAGCAACAGCUCGCCAAACUGAAAUUGGCCAAGGCCACAUUCGACGAUAUUAAAGACCUCCAGCUCGCCGCGGAAUUGGGUCGGACCCUUUUAGAGAGGAAUGAGGAACUGGAAACUGAGCUGAAACAGCAACAAGUCGUGAUUGAUGAUCAAGCCCAAGAAAUCGAGUUCCUUACGAAACAAUCGAUUUCCAUGAAAGAAGAGAGUGCUAACCGUUCGAAAAUUUACGAAAAUUUGGAGUCGUCAAUUUGCGAGCUGGAGAAAACCAAUUCUCAAUUGAGUAGGAAACACGAAGUGGAUAAGAAGCGGAUUCAAAGUCUUGGCGAAAACAUUGAAUAUCUCGAGAGGAAAUGUGACGAAUUAAAUGUCACCCUGCAAUCGUUGAAGAAUGAUCAAGGCAAGAAAUCUGGCGGAAGUGCGGGCGGAGGAGGGGGAGGAAAAUUGAAUCGAAACUCGUACUUCAGUUUCGGAUCGGAUUCUUCAGAAGAAGAAAUGAGUUCUGGAUUCGGGUUGUUUAGGAAAAGAUCGCAUAGCUUGCAAGAUUUGAGGGACUAUACGCCAUCACCGGAUGAGUUUGAUUCUGGCAAUUCCAACAGCCCAGACCUUAAAACUUCCGAAUCUGAAUUUAUCGACAGUUUGGAAAAUCGUAUCGAGGAACUGAUCGCUUCGAGGAAUAAGGAGAACGAGAAAGUUCGUCAGUUAGAAGCGCAGAUUCACAUUUUAGUUCAGGAGAAUGAACAUCUUCAGCAACAAAUUGUCCAAAUUAGCAACGAGAAGGAUGAAGAAGUUACUGAAUUACGAAAGAUUCUCCGCGAUUCCUCCAUUUACGGUUCUCAAUCAAACCUCAACUCUGCAUUCUCCACGCCUCUAACUUCCACCAGGAGGAACUCAGAAACAAAUUCGACCCCUGGGCGUGGUGACCACAUUAACCCCAGUGGAGAUUUGCCUGCCAAUAAUAAUGUCACAAAUAGUACAGGAAUUGGAUCCACGGUGCUUUCCUCUUUCAAUCGGACGUCAUCAUCCAACUCUUCGAUAUGCAAAAGAUGUGCGGCUGAAAUCCAAGUUUUAAGUUUGGUCAACUCUAUCGAAAACGAUGGGAAUUUACUCUACGAUUGGGACUUUGCCAAUCCCGAUGAUGACAUGGAAUUCAGUUCGUUAGAACACGAACUCGCCAAAGCGACGGGAACUCCAUACCGACGAGAUAACCGAUUUAGCGAAGAGUUCAAAUUCAGCAAUGGGAUGAUUCAUCCUUCCAGCCCGUCCUCCAACUCGCAAACUGCUCCGAACAGUAGGAGAACAAGUUUCGAACCAAUCCAUAAAAAUGGGAAUGAAGCCAUCUUUAAUUCCCAUCGGAAGAUGAUGGUUGAUAAUGCCAAACUAAUCCACGGAUACUCGGGUCACAUGGACGUUGAUGAAAUGGAUUACGAUAGCACAGAAAUUUCCAACAUUUUCUUUGGCGAUAACAGACAUUCAUCACUUACACCAACUCGAGCACACAGUCCGACAAAAGUGCGAUUCAGCAAUAAUUUCGAUGUACUAGACGGCAGCCAUAAUAAUAAUAUUAACAACAAUAAUCACCAAGAUGGAGAAAUAAGCCCAUCUUCCGGCUCGAUAACGAGUGGGGAUGAAAUGGGAAGUUGUGAUGAUGACGAAAGAAUGGAUGAGGAUCCGUGUCUUAUCAAAGACAGGAAACCAGAAUUUGCUAAAAACAAGAACAAAUCGUCCAAAUCGAAGAGAGCAUACGGACCCUGGGGGUCGGAAGUAUUGUCAUCUAACCCUAAAUCAAGUGAUGGCACCAACAACAAUAUCCUGUUGUCCGGAUCGACUUCGUCCGUCAAGAAGAAUCCCAAAUUUCUUGAGCUGCCAAAACGAAUUCCAACCGAUGAUGAGGAAAGCGAUAAUGAAGAUGCUGUUCAUAAUUGCCAUGAAAAAAUUGGUGUUAAAUCCUCUGCAGAAGGAUGUUUACCAACGAUGGGCAGCAUGGACGUCACGGAUGAAUUGGACCUCACAGAGAAAAUCAUAGAAGAGGAACCCUCAUCCUUGCUGCUAUGCCAAAAUCCGAAUUUCGAUGAGGACGAUACGAUUUCCGAAUGUUCUGAAGCGAGUGAGACGGGAACGUUGAGUACUUCGUCUGCUGGAUCUGCGACAUCGUCAUCUUCAAAUUCGUCAUCAUCCAUCGUCUCCACGUCCUCAUCGCCUCCAGAGUACAAGCAAAUACUGACGAGUUUGUUCAGUAUUUUUAACAAUUCCAAGCGAAAGUACCCCAUCCCGAUGUAUCCCUUUAUUCAGGAAGCUCGGCGACAAUCUGGCGGCCUCAUUCAUCACCAUUCUUCUGGACGGAAUCAUUAGUUUUCCUAUUAUUCUGUCUUUUUUUCGUAAAAGACAUUAAUAAUUUCUUAUGUCGAAAAGAUACUUAUUAUAUUUUUAUAUACCUUUACUUUCAAAAUACCAACGAUUUUAUUACCUGGUAGCUUAUUUUCUAAAGUAUGUAAAAGUAAGUGUCGGAGAAAGCAUAAGAAGUGAAACGAAAUAUGCUACAUAUUUUAUUAGUAAGUAUGUAAUUAAUUAUACGUAAUUUUAGUUGCGUAAUCAUAAAUAAUUACUGCAUACAAUCGCCUAAUUAACAAACGAGUACCUUGCGAACUUUAAUUGCAAUUGGAAUAAUUAACCUCUACACAUUUAACAAAGAAAAAUGUACAACCCAAGACCGGUUUGAUAAAUUAUAAAUUAAAUAUGUAACUAAUAAUUAUGAAAGUAUAUUUCUAAAUAUUGAUGAGAAGAAGAAGGGAAAACGCCAUCCGAAACUAUAUUUCCAUAUUAAUGGUGCCAUUUAACUGCUGACCUUUAAUAAUUAAAAAUAACAGAGUAAUAAUUAAUUGAUGUACCAAUUAAUAGACACUUUUUUAGCAGAUUAGUUCGAUUACUUUAGGUAUAUAUGAAUAUCUACUAUAUUUUAGUAAUAAUAAAAUGUGUCAACUAAAUUAUUGCGUCCCAAGAAUCUGUAACAUGAUAAUCAUUCAAAAUUCAAGUUACAAUUUUGAAGCUCAGCAUAAAAAAUAUGCUUUAAUUCCAAAAAGAAGAGAUUAUAUAUUUUCACCCACUAAAUUUUGUCCAAUACUUGAAACUCAAGUCAAAAGUUACCAUAAACCAUACGAUCCGAAGUUAGUAAUUAUAAGUAAGGAAGAAGAUGAAAAAGAAAUGAUUAAUGUUUAAUAAAUAAAAUAAAAACAGCUAAACGACUUUUGAGUGAAACAGUGUAAAAA